AUGAACAGCUCUGAAUCGAAUGAUUUCUAAAAUGGGGAAUACAGAUUUUAAGAAGAUGAGGAUUACAUUGAUUUUGAGGAAUUAGGGUAGAAUGAUAUGAUGAGAUAUGAAAAUGAUUAGGGAAAUAUAGAGUUGGUUAACGAUAGGAAUCAAAUUGAAGAGGAUAUGAAUUAGAGUGAGAUGUUGAAGGCAUCUUCAACUGUUUGCAUGAGGGUAGAUGAAUCGGAUGAGUCAGAAGAGGAAUCUUAACUUCAAGGAACUCAGUCAAGAACCUGUAAUUCUGGGACAUUGUAGAAAUCGAUAAGGAAGAGGAAUAGGAAUAAAGAGGAACCUAAGAGGAAGAUUAAGAAGUGGAGUGAGGAAGAGGAUAAGAGUUUGGAAGAUUUGUUUCAAAUUUAUAAGGGAGAAUGGGAGAUCAUAGUGAAAUUUUUGGAAGGAAGAACAGUUUCAUAAUGUAAAUAGCACUGGCAACGUUUGAGUGGUGGUUAGGAGAAGAAGAGGAAAUGGACAGAGGAGGAAAACCAGAUCAUAUUGUCAUUUACAAAGGAGAAUCCGUAGUUUAAUAAUUGGGCUUUGAUUGCUUCAAGAAUGCAGGGUAGGAAUGGGAAACAAAUACGAGAGCAUUACAUGAAUCAGUUGCGUCCUGGGAUUAAGAAUAAGCAGGGUUGGACAGAGGAAGAUGACAAGUUGUUGUUAAAUUUGUAUCAGAGAUAUGGGAGUAAAUGGUGUUAGAUAAACAAACAUUUUGAGGGAAGAACAGAAAUAAUGUUGAAGAAUAGAUUCAAUAAAUUGUAGAAGGGAAACACCUAUAUUGAUCACUUUCUCAAUAUCGAUGAUGAACCCCACUAAUUCUAAUAAUCUCACACAUUCUCCUUUAAUUGA